AUGAUGAUGAAUUGGACAACUGCAUUUAUCGUGUUGAGAAGCAUGAAAAUUUGCAGAAUCCGUAAGAAUGUCCAGGUAAUUCUGGAUUAUCUUAGGUUACAGCAAUAUGGAAUGAAAUGUUCACUUUGUGACUUCGAUCUAAAUACUCAAGGAUUGCUUUGCAAAAGAUGCUUUAAACGACUUCAUCCUAUGCAUCUUAGCUUGAAAACGUCCAUAGUUGUCGAAUAUGCACAUUUGAUGCAUACAAUAGAAAAAUAUAAUGGAUCUACUGAAAUGAAUACAAGUAUAGACUCGGCUAAUGAAAUUGAUAUCAAAAGAUUCAGGUUUCUGGGUGUGUCUAUCGAUUGUACAACAAAGGAUUUCCAAAAAUUAUUUUUGAACAUCGCCUUUACAAAUCUGACUCAUACAGAAGAACUUAUUCUGCAAAACAUAAGGAUAAAAAUACAUAGAUGUGCAAUAAAUAGAUGGAAGACAUAUAAAUACAAUUCGAUUAUAAACGCACUCGAUGUUCAUUAUAAUACUGUAAAAUUGAACCAUUUGAUCUGCAUUAAAAACCUUCGUACUGAAGAUGCAUGGAUUCUCAAAAAACACUUAUUGGAAGUUCAAAAAUAUAAAGACGAUUUAAUAGAAAUAAACAAAGCCAACAACUUAAACAAAUAG